AUGAAUCGUCUUCUGAAGCUUGCCUUCUUGUCUUUGGUCGCAUCCUCUGCGAUUGCGACCACCGCCCCUGAGCAGGUCGAGUCCGAGACCAACACGGUGGCCGACCAGUCCGAUUCCCUCCACAAGGCUCUUCACUUGUUCGAGAAGUUCAGCCAUGGUGUCUUCCGCUCCGACGAAGAUGCUGCGGACGCUCUCACUGCCGAGGAUAGAGAGCUGGCCGCCCAUCUGAACCUCAAGAGGGACAACAGCUCUUCCGCUGUAGAGCCCUCAGCCACUGCUGUAGUACCAUCCUCUCCUACUCAAGCUUCCUCUCCUUCCUCCAACACUGAAGCUCCCUCUUCCACCACGGAAGCUCCCUCCUCCCACACCACUGAAGCUCCCUCUACUUCCUCUCCUUCCACUACAGAGGCUUCUUCUGCUUCCUCGUCUGACUCGUCGACUUCUCAGGCGGAACCAACCACCUCAGCCCAACCCACCACGGCCACGCCUACUCAAAAGACCACCGUCGAACCCACUACCAGUGAGCAGCCCACAACCACCGAGAAGCCAACAACCUCGGAGAAAACCACCGAAAAGCCCACCACCAGUGAGCAGCCUACCACCACCGAUAAGCCAACCACCUCCGACAAGACCACUUCUGAGAAGACCACCGAGAAGCCCACCACCACCGACCAACCCACGCCCACUACCACCGACAAGCCAACCACCUCCGAAAAGACCACCUCGGACAAGACCACCGAGAAGCCCAACACCAGCGCAGAUUCCACCAAGGGCCCAACCACCAUGCAAACCACCACCACCGCCCCAGAGCCCACAACCACCGAACAAACAACCAAGCACACAACCCCCUACACCUCCACCUACAAGAGCACCACCACUCUCCCCAACGGCGAGCAAAGCACCAUCACCUCCAUCACCGUCGUGCACCCCACCGAAACCGACGUCGCCACGCCCACCAGCGCCGCCCCGGGCCUGCAAACUGAUAACGCGGCCCCGACUACCGGUCUUACCCGUGAGCUCUUCGUCAUGGUCGGUGGUGCUGCCGUCGUGGCCAUGGCGCUGUAA